AGAAGAGUUCCUCCCGCCUCUGCAGCAGCAACAAACCCAAGCUGACGCACUGCACGCGAGAGCAACGCUCGCUUCCAAAAUAACAUCCCACAUUACACCUGUGCGUUAACAUCGCGACGCGUUUGGAGACCCUCGGAGCGGACACAGCUGAAGUGUCGCAGGAGGAGCAGCAGAACGGCCGUUAUUCACCGAAAACCUGAAGACAGACGCGCUGAUGGCGGCGACAGUGGAGGAGCUCUACCGCAACUACGGCAUCCUCGCCGACGAGAAAGAGGAUCUCAGCAAACACAAAGAUGCUUAUCAGGUAAUUCUGGAUGGUGUUAAAGGAGGUCCAAAAGAGAAGCGACUAGCCGCACAGUUCAUUCCAAAAUUUUUCAGCAGUUUUCCAGAGCUGGCCGAUGCAGCCAUCAACGCUCAGCUUGAUCUGUGUGAGGAUGAAGAUGUAUCUAUCAGAAGGCAGGCUAUCAAGGAACUGCCCCGUUUUGCAUCAGGAGAGAAUUUACCCAGAGUUGCAGACAUCCUCACACAGCUGCUGCAGACAGAUGAUUCUGCUGAAUUCAAUCAAGUCAACACCGCUUUGAUCUCCAUAUUCAAAAUCGAUGCAAAAGGAACUAUGGGAGGCCUGUUCAGUCAGAUCCUACAAGGAGAAGAUAUUGUUCGAGAAAGAGCGAUUAAGUUUCUCUGUACAAAGUUGAAAAUGAUGCCAGAUGACACAAUGACAAAAGAAGUGGAAGAUUACAUCUUCAUAGAGACAAAAAAGGUCCUAGAGGAUGUGACGGGGGAGGAGUUUGUGCUUCUGAUGCGUAUCCUGUCCGGUCUGAAGAGCAUGCAGACUGUGAGCGGACGGCAGCAGCUGGUGGAGCUGGUGGUGGAGCAGGCUUUCCUGGAGCAGGCGCUGAACCCCGCAGAUACAGACAGUGUCGACCGGCUCCUGCAGUGCACGCGCCAGGCCUUACCACUCUUUUCUGUGAGUGAAACCACAGCAACGAAAAAUGUGCAUUCUACUCGCUUUGUGACAUACUUCUGUGAAUUUGUGCUGCCCAACCUCAGUCUGCUCACCAGCCCUGUAGCGGAACUGGACAUCCAGCUGGAGGUACUGAAGUUAUUAGCAGAGAUGAGUCCAUAUUGUGGAGACAUGGACAAACUGGAGGUCAAUCUCAACAUGCUGUUUGAGAAGCUACUGGAGUUCAUGCCCCUGCCUCCAGAGGACGAGAACGGAGAGAAUGCUGCCAAUGAAGAGCCCAAGCUGCAGUUCAGCUACGUGGAGUGUCUGCUCUUCAGUUUCCAUCAGCUGGGCAAAAAACUACCUGACUUUCUCAUCGACAAAAUCAGUGCAGAGAAGUUGAAGGACUUCAAGAUCAGGUUACAGUACUUUGCACGGGGGCUUCAAGUUUAUAUUCGACAGCUGCGUGUGGCAUUGCAAGGCAAGACCGGAGAUGCACUAAAGACAGAGGAGAAUAAAAUCAAAGUUGUGGCUUUGAAGAUCACCAACAACAUAAAUGUUUUAAUCAAGGAUCUGUUCCAUAACCCUCCGUCCUAUAAAAGCACAGUGACUCUAUCCUGGAAACCGGUGCAGAAGACUGAGGCAGCAGCAAUCGGCCAGAAGAGGCAGUCAGGAGAGGACAUCGGGGCAGAAGCAACAACAAAGAAGCUUCCCACAAAUCUGCCCAGGAGGGACGCCCGACAAAUAUACAAUCCGCCCAGUGGGAAAUACAGCGCCACCAUUGGGAACUUCUCCUACGAACAACGUGGAGGCUUCAGGGGUGGCCGAGGACGGGGCUUCGGAGGAAGAGGAAACCGAAGCCGAGGCCGAAUUUAUUAAGAGGACUGCAUAUGCUUCUACACCCAUGCAACUGCAUUACCACAACACAACAAUAUCUCUCACACAGUUUCUCUCGCCUGGUCCUUCCUGCAUCUCCCAGGCCUCCAUUCAUCCUUUUCUCUCCACAUUUGUUAUUUUUAUUCUCUGGUGUGUUUUUGAGAAUCCGUUCACAGCCUCCUGCCGUUGGUUAUGUGUGGGUUGUAUUUCUUUCUGGAUCAUCUUUGUGGAACAAAAAACUGCCACGGUGUAUUUUCUUUUUUAAGAAUUUUUGUAUGGUGACGUACAUCCUUUGUAUCUUUUCUUUUUUUUUACUUUUUAAUUUUUCAGAGCUUUUGUUGGAUCAGAAAUCACAGAUUUGUAAGAAGUAAAAAAUAAUAUCCUUCUGAAUUUUAUCAAACUUGUGUGGGUCAAAUGCUGUCUUUAUUUCAGGACAUAAAUAUUUAAGUUUGUAUGACGGCCCUUGUGCUCUGAUGUUCGUUUGUUAACUUGAUUGUAUAUUCCACGGAAAUUGUCCUUUUAGACUAGGAUUGACUUUUCAAACUAUUACAAAAUAAUUUAAGGAACCAAUCGUUUUCAAAUAUUGCUUGCAUAGAUUUGAGUUCACUUUCGAUUUCAAACAUUGUGCAUGCUUAGUUUGUAGGAGAUAUUUAAUUGUUUUCGAUUGAAGGAAAUCAGACAUUUAUGUAUUACAGCUGUUGGUUUUCAUUUCAAACCAGAUUUUUCACCCACAUUAAAUCUUUUUGCCUUUUUCAA